CAUUGUUGUUCCUGUUGAAGGCUGAAACUCUGCAACCAGCGUCAGCAAAGGCUCUGACAACCCCCUCUCUAAUGGCAACAUCCAAUUGUCUGCAAUCGCAAUCUGUCCGUCCAUCUUCUCAUUUUUCUCACUUCGAUGCUAAUGAUGAAGUGUUCUCCCAAGAACCCUAUGUGAAACAUGUUGCUAAAAGCUCAUUCAGGUUCUUUCUUCCUCUACUUCACACUCAAUUACUCAAUUUCAUCUGUUUUUUAGUAAUUUACAUACUUUUUUCACCACUUUGUGCAUAAGGUUGGUUCCGCUAAGGAUAAGUCAUCGUGGAUUGAGUUCUCUCUUGGGAUUGACGCUGGUUCUUCACAACCAUUGACCAGAUGGAUCUAGAACCAGGGAGGUGUAGAAGAACCGAUGGGAAAAAAUGGAGGUGCCGACUAGCGGUGCUUCCUGAUCAGAAAUACUGUGAGCGCCACAUACACAGAGGCUGCUUACGUUCAAGAAAGCCUGUGGAAGAUCAUAUGUCAAAAUCAACCGCUAAAAUUACCGUUUCGCCCCUGAAAUCCACCAUUAAUCUUACAAAAAGUGAUGCUAGAAAGGAUAAAAGUGUUUGUAUCAAGAAUCGUAAUAAUAGCUUCAAAAUCAAGAAAAGGAGUAGGGAAGAUGAUGCUCGGGUGCCUCUUGAAUUUAGCUUCUCCCCGAAAAGUGUUCUUCAAAAUGAUAAUGUACCUGAAUCUGCAAGAUGUAGAAGAACAGAUGGGAAAAACUGGAGGUGCACCAAAAUUACACUCCAGGGGCAAAAAUACUGUGCACAACACAUGCAUCGUGGGGUUAAAAAGGUCCAAAAUUACCAAAAUUCCAACACCAGUCUUUCGUUUUCUGUUGGGGCAAGUUAUGUACAAAAGGGUAGUUCUGGAAAUCAAUCAAAUGAGUCUAGCGAUAGUGAUGAUGAUGAUGAUGAUGAUGGACGUGAUCCAAAUGGUGCAACUAACAGCAGUAGUAGUGAUGCCACCACAAUCUCUAUGUAAUGACUUUGUAACUCUGUGUUUGUAGUGUUUUAAGUUGUCUUUGUAUCGAACCCUUUUGUGGGUUUUCAAUAAUUUGGUCAAAUGUUGGACAAAAAUGUGUAUGUUUCUAGUUUGUUAACUGAAUUGGACGUUUGACCUUUGUGUUUCAACUAGUGUUGUUUUGUAUUAAGGUCAUUUUGCUAUU